AUGAGUGUUGGAAAAGUUUGGAAAAUGAAGUUUCUGGCAGUAUUAGCCAUCGUCAUCACCAUCAGCUUCAAUCUUGUAGCAGCAGACUACAAUACUAUUCAAAUUGCUGACAAAGAUUUCCUUCUUAAGCAGAAAAAAAUUUACAAUCUUCUGUACUAUAUCUCACAACCCUCCCUCGUAAAUCCUUCAUUAUACGAGGAAGGUCGCUCGUAUGAUAUCAAAGCCAACAUAGACUCGUAUACUAAUACGACUGCGGUGAAAAACUUCUUCUAUCUAUACGAGAAUGGUAUGCUUCCUCGUGGCGAGCUCAGUUCCUUGUACUAUCCAAAGCUCCGUAAGGAAACGGAGGCGCUAUUUCACCUGUUCUAUUAUGCCAAAGAUUUUGACACCUUUUACAAAACAGCGCUAUGGGCCCGUAUUUACAUUAACGAGAUGCAAUUUGGUGAAGCCAUGUACACCGUAAUUACACUCCGCGACGAUACCAGAUUCAUUCAGCUGCCGCCUCCUUAUGAGCUGUAUCCGUAUGGAUUCUUCAACUCCGAAGUACUCAAGAAAGCUCAUCACGCGAAACUCUUCGGUAAACUUGACUCAAAGAAGUUCGGUGAAUAUGAUACCUACAUCAUUCCGGCAAAUUAUUCCGGAUGGUACAUGUCCCGCGAGUACGAUGUGGAGCAUAAGAUUAAUUACUUCACUGAGGACAUUGGCUUGAAUGCUUUCUACUUUUACUUGCGGCAAGAAUAUCCAUUUUGGUUAAAGGGCGAGGAAUUCGGUUUGGAGAAGAAUCGUGGUAUGAAAUACCUUUACGGUCACAAACAGUUAUUGUCUCGUUAUUAUUUGGAGCGGCUAUCCAAUGACAUUGGUAAAAUCGAAGAUUUCGAUUGGCACAGCGAGUUUUACGUCGGAUACUAUCCGACAAUGACCUAUCACAAUGGAUUACCGAUGCCACAGAGACCAUACUGGAGCAAGUUCCCUUAUUACAAGUUCAAAUACAUAAAGGACAUAGAAGACAUAGAAUCUCGAAUAUCGGCAGUCAUUGACUCAGGAUUUAUCUUGGACGCAACUGGUAAAAUGGUCAACGUUUACACAUCCGAGGGUCUCAACAUUCUUGGUAAUAUUAUUGAGGGCAAUAUGGAUUCCUGCAAUCUCGAUUUUUACGGCAGCAUCGAUCUACUUGCGAGAAAAAUCUUUGGAUACAACUUGGAAUCAUCAACCUCGUAUCAGAUUAUACCGAGUGCCCUCGAAUUUUACAGCACGUCCAUGAGAGAUCCUGCAUUCUAUCGUUUUUACAAAAGAAUAUUGUACUACUAUUUCAGGUACAAAUUGCAUCAAAAACCAUACCACGAGAACGAAAUUAUUUAUCCCGAAUUGAAGAUCGAGUCCUUUGUCAUAGAUAAAUUAAUUACCUAUUUUAAUCAGUUUGAUACUUCGAUCAACAACGGUUUGAUAAUUGAUGAUGUAAAGGAAGCGGAAAACACAUUGAUCAAAAUUCGUCAAUAUCGUCUGAAUCACAAUCCAUUUAGCUUCCAUCUCGUUAUCAACGCCAAGAAAGCUAUGAAAGCUGUGAUACGCAUUUUCCUCGGACCAAAGUAUAACAUUCAUCAUAAACCGAUUGAUUUCGCUGAAUACGCAAUAUACUUUUAUGAAAUGGAUAACUGGGUCGUUGAUCUAUACGCCGGUGUGAACAAGAUUGAACGAAAUAGUCAAGACUGCUUCUUCACCGUACCCGAUCCGGAGCCAAGUGAAAUUCUAUACAAGAAGUUGCUUAAGGCCUUGGAUGGUUCUGAUAAAUUCUCAUACGCGGAAAGAGUCUACGGAUUCCCUGAGCGUCUGCUCUUGCCCAAGGGCAAGAAAGAGGGUAUGCCCUUCCAGAUCUUCGCGUACAUCAAUCCGGUCGAAGGAGAACUGAUUCCUUCUAUGUCUCGCAUCUUUGGUAGCUACAAAUUUGAUAAUAAAGCAUAUGGAUUCCCCUUGGAUAGACCUGUUUUCAAUUUCCGCUACGAAGGACCGAACAUGAUGUUGAAAGACAUUAUAAUUUAUCACAAGGACGAGGAGGUGGAGUUGAAUCUGACUUAUUGAUCGCUAUUUACAUUUUAAAUCUGUCAUCAUUUGAUUCAAUUAUACUGCAAUUAUACUACUUCUAAAUAUAUCAAAAUAAAGUACAAUA